AAAACUCUCUAUAGUAGUUCUAAUCUUGACUACAGCUCCGCCCAUUUAGGUUCACAAAAAAGCCUCCAAAUUUAAGAUUCUUGCACCUUUAGUUAUCUGGUCCAGUCUCAACGAAAGCGACGGAUUUUGGAUGGAGGCCACGCAAGUUACCCCCUGAGCAAAGGCGGGAAAGAGGACCCCGCUCCUAGACAGCUCUUCGCUUCUGCUCUGGCGCUUGCGUUUAAGGCCCGCGGGGGCACGACAUGGCAGACCGAGCCCAGCAAGGGCCUGGGCUGCCUCAGAGGGGCUGGCGGCCUCCGUGAGAGGGGAGGCCGGGGGUGCGCCAGCCCCUCAAAGGAGGGAUGCCCCAGCUCCUGGAGGCUCCUUCGUGCCUCCGGGCGGAGCACGCCGACAGCCACUGCUCCCACCGCUUUCCAGGAGCCAUGUGCACGUCCAGGCUCUUCACCCUCGUCCUGGUGGUGCAGCCGCCCCGCGUCCUCCUGGGCAUGAAGAAACGCGGGUUUGGAGCCGGGCUCUGGAACGGCUUCGGGGGGAAGGUGCAGCCGGGGGAGAGCAUCGAGGAGGCAGCUCGCAGGUGCAGCUUUCACUUUUGGUUCACUGGAAGUGUUUUGAAUGUGGAGCUCCUGGAGGAGAGUGGACUGACUGUGGACACCUUGCAGAAGAUGGGUCAGAUCACAUUUGAAUUUGUAGGCAACUCUGAACUCAUGGACGUUCACAUUUUCCGAGCAGAUCAUUUUCAUGGAGAGCCAACAGAAAGUGAUGAAAUGCGUCCACAGUGGUUUCAGCUGGAUGAGGUGCCAUUCAAUCACAUGUGGGCAGAUGAUAUCUAUUGGUUUCCCCUGCUGCUUCAGAAAAAGCUGUUUCGUGGCUAUUUUAAGUUCCAGGGACAAGACACUAUCCUGGAGCACACCCUGAAAGAAGUGGAGGAAGUUUAAGAAAACGGAAGCAUUCAAUCCACAUGCUGCUGCCCGCACUAGGCUAGAACACCAUGAGCACUACUUAGAACGGUCUCCUUUCUCAACUCUCCAUCAAAGGAGACUUAUUUGCCAGGUCACUGGGAAGUAAGGAAAAUAAGGGGGUUUCUUAGAGCAGAAAUAAAAGUAACAAGAUUUUCCAUGCUGUGAAGUCCCUGGCUGUAGUGUAUUUAGUGGUUAUGUAAUCACAGUUAUUAAAAACUUGGUGUUAACCCUUUUCUUCACAACUGGCCAAUUGUUUAGGCUUUUCCCUCGUGGCUGGAAAUGUUUUUAAAAAAUUAAAAAUAUUUUUUAGUAAAA